AUGGCUGAUGGAGUUGGCACUGAGAGGAGAAGUGUGCUGCCUGCAGCUCGCCAGUCUGUCCUGUCCGUCCAGAGGGACUCUGCUUUUCCUCCUCCAGACUUGGGAAAGGCUGUCAGGGCACUCUACUGGGGCACCAGUGUUCAGAUGGAGAAAAAGCCUUGGGCUAACAAUGCUCAAGGGAUCUCCUGGGUGAAAAAGAGGAGGGCAGCCACUGCCCGCCGGCAGCACCUGAAGAGUGCUAUGCUCCAGCUUGCUGUCACUGAAAUAGAGAAAGAAGCAGCUGCUAAAGAAGUGGAAAAGCAAAACUACCUGGCAGAGCAUUGUCCUCCUCUGUCCCUCCCAGGAUCCAUGCAGGAACUUCAGGAGCUGUGCAAAAAGCUUCAUGCCAAGAUAGAGGCAGUGGAUGAGGAGAGGUAUGACACAGAGGUGAAGCUGCAGAAGACAAACAAGGAGCUGGAAGACUUGAGCCAGAAGCUCUUUGACCUGAGGGGCAAGUUCAAGAGGCCACCGCUGCGGCGGGUGCGGAUGUCCGCUGAUGCCAUGCUGCGGGCCCUGCUGGGCUCCAAGCACAAGGUCUGCAUGGACCUCCGAGCCAACCUGAAGCAAGUCAAGAAGGAGGACACUGAGAAGGAGAAGGACCUCCGUGACGUGGGUGACUGGAGGAAGAACAUCGAGGAGAAGUCUGGCAUGGAGGGCAGGAAGAAGAUGUUUGAGGCUGGCGAGUCCUAAGCUCCUGCCUCUCCACACCCAUCCUCUGCUCCCCUCUGGGCUCAAAGGCACCUCCUGGGUGCUAUUUCUCCCUGGUUUUGUGCAGAGCUGCGUGGCAGCAGCGGUGUAAAUAAAGCUUUGGCAGGAGAGGAAGGUGUUGCCUGCCU